AUGAAGUUUGGCAAAGAUUUACUGCGCGAGAUUCUUCAGAGCAACCCGGAGUGGGCGCCGUUCUGGCUCAACUACAAAACACUCAAGAAGCGCAUUAAGGCCGUCACCAGCGCAGCGCCUCACGCUGCGAGUCACCGCGAUAUUUCGGAGUCGGACCUUGAGGUGGCCUUCUUUCGUGACCUGCAGACCGAACUCAAGAAGAUUUCUCUCUUUUAUGCUGCUGAGGAAAGGCGGUGCUCCUUCCGCUUCCGACAGCUUCGUUCAGUGCUUAAAACGCUCAAGACGAAAGGGGAAAUCGAUACACAUGAGGCGCAGCGCCUCAUGUUCGCCUUUGUCCACUUCUAUCGCGAGUGCAUCCGGCUCGAGAACUUUGCCGUCAUCAACUACCAGGGAUUCUCAAAGAUUCUGAAAAAGCACGACAAGAUGACGGGUUACAACACACGGUCGAAGUACAUGCGCCGCAAAGUGAACGUGUCGUCGUUCUCGAGCUAUGCGAGUUUGCUGCAGAUUUUGUCCAGCAUUGAGGACAUGUACUACGAGGUAGAGCGCGACACCAUCCGUGCCAAGCACUAG